CCAGCCGUUUAGCGUAGUACAGGAUAAAGGCUUCGUAAACCUGAUGAAACACCUGAGUCCACGGUACAAAUUACCAAGUAGGCGGUACUUUUCUGACACAGCGCUGCCCGAGUUGUUUGAGAGAGUUUCAAGCCAUAUACACAAACUGCUGGACGGCACUAAAUCCCCGGUCAGUUUCACAACGGACAUUUGGACUUCUAACGUGAGCUUAAUGUCAAUGUUGAGCCUGACUGCUCAGUGGCUGGAUGAUGAAUUUGAGCUACAUCAAGUCCUUCUAUGCUGUGAGGAAUGCCCCGGGUCCCACACCGCCGACAAUCUAAGAGCCAAAUUUGACAAAAUGUUGGCGGAGUGGAAAAUCGAUAAGAAGAGGGUUCAUGUCGUGUUGCGUGACAACGCUAGGAAUAUGACCAAAGCACUGGAUGAUGGCAACCUCCCCAGUCUCCCGUGUAUGGCACAUACACUACAGUUAGCGGUGAUUGAGGGACUGCAGUCUCAACGCUCUAUCACUGACGCUGUGGCAACAGGCAGGAGAAUAGUCACGCACUUCAAACACUCAUCGCUAGCCUAUUCAAAACUCCACGCUAUCCAGGAGGAGUUGGGUCAACCCAAGAAGCGCUUGCAACAGGAUGUCCCCACGAGGUGGAACAGCACAUUUUAUAUGUUGCAGUCGCUGUUGGAACAGAAAUGUGCCCUGGGCUUAUACGCAACAGAACACGAGCUCCCGGCCGUACUCACCACAAAUCAGUGGGGGUUAAUUGAGAAUUUGUUGAGCAUCCUUGAACCUUUUGAGGAACUCACUAAGACAAUUAGCUCCUCGUCAGCCACCGCCGCAGUUGUCAUCCCUGAAAUCACCGCACUGAAGCGCCUUUUGGGGAGAGCAGCAGACACAGACCGUGGUGUGGGCACUGCCAAAGCCACGCUGUUGGAAGCAGUCCAGAGAAGGUUUAAAGACAUCGAGAAGAAUCCACUGUACGCUGUGGCCACUGCUAUGGAUCCCAGAUACAAAACCUGCUACUUCUCAGCAGAAGUAAAGGAUGAGGUGAAAAGGGUGCUUCUGAACAUGCUGGACACAGUGGACACCAGUGCCAGCAAGCCCACACCUGAUCAGCCUUCUGGGGAACCUGCAGCCAAAAGGGCAAGUCAACUGCUUUCGGUGCAUGCUGAGAUACUGAAGGAGAGUGCUAGCAAUGAGGAAGAGCGACUGCUGGGCAGCCCUUCAUCUGUGCAGUUACAUCGUUACCUCUCCGAGUUGCCCAUCAAGAGAUCUGAAGAUGAAACUGUAAAUGAUGUACUGAAAUACUGGCAUGAAAACAAAACACACUACCCUGCACUUGCCCCGCUUGCCCAAGCCUACCUCUCUGCUCCAUGUACAAGCGUCGAUAGCGAGCGCUUGUUUAGCUUGGCUAGUAAUGUCAUAGACGAGAAAAGAAACAGGCUUUCUGGUGAGAAGGCAGAGAUGCUUCUGUUUGUGAAGAAGAACCUGCCAUUGAUGGUUAAGUGAUUGCAUUGGGAGUGGGAUGGAGUACUUUGAUCACAACCUAAAGCUACCUGUUUGUAUUGAUGUUUUUUUUUUAUCCCAUAUUAUGAUGCACUUUUUUAUUUAGAGGUCAAAGGCCUGAAAUGUGCAAUUUACUUUGAGAACCAGUUUAUUUUCAGUACAUAAUAGUGCACUUUAUCUUUUGUUUGUAUUUAUUUUAGUUUUAUCCUAGUUAUUGACCUGUAAACUGGACUGAAUGUCAGCGUUCAAAAUAAAUCUGCUCAGGAGGCACUGUUGAAACUCUCACUCUAUUUCUUAUUUGUGAUGUUUUAUUCUUGAAAAGGGGAGUUAUGAUAGCAUAUAGCCUACCACUAGUUGUGGUUUUAAUUGCAGUUAUAUAAGCAAAAUGUUGUCUGGGAGAAGGGUACUCAAGCCAACAAAAUGGUGUCUAUUAUAUGAUUAUAAUUAUUUCUUAGAAAAUCGGUAUCGGAAAAACCGGUUUUGGCAGGUCAGACCUCCUUAAAAACCGGAAAUCGGUAUCGGCCAAGAAUUUUGCAAUCGGUGCAUCUCUACGCGACACGGUAUUACAUGAAAAAAUGUACGGUUGACAUCUGUGGCCUUUUCAUAUCGCGAUAUACCAUUUUACGGUAUAUCGUUACAUCCCUAGUUAGGACUGGUCCUUAUUCGGCCUGACCAGUUCUGGCUGGUUAGGACUGGUCCUGACUCCGCCUGGAUAGUUCUGCCUGGCUAGGACUGGUCCUGACUCCUCCUGACUAGUUCUGUCUGGUUAAGACUGGUCCUGACUCCUCCUGACUUCUGUCUGCUUCUGACUAGUUCUGUCUGCUUAUGACUGUCCCUUUCUUCUCCUGCCUAGUUCUGUCUGGUUACGGCUGGUCCUUACUCCUCCAGACUAGUUAUGUAUGGUCAGGACUAGUCCUGACUCCUACUGACUAGUUCUUUCUAGGUAGGACUGCUUCUGUAUGGUUAAGACUGGUUCUGACUCCUCCUGACCAGUUCGGUCUGGUUAAGACUGGUCCUGACUCCUCCUGACCAAUUUUGUCUGUUUAAGACUGGUUUGUUGGAGCCAUAACCGAAAUAUGGCAAUAAUGGAAUGGAAAUAAUAAUAAUUUAUAUAACGAUGGUUAAAUUGAGUUUGUAUUCUGUCCGUCACUUCUAUUAUUGCAUUCAUUCAGCUAAUGAAGGAAUUUAAAUAAACCUGCGGGAAUGUGACACAAACGAGAGUGAGAGGGGGAAGCGGGACAGUUUUUUGACCGCAAAUGUUUGUUGAAAAGUAUAGUUAUCAAGACAAAUCAUUUUUGUUUGAAGCUUUAUUUAAUGAUGCAUUUUUGUUUAAACUUCGAAUCAGCUUUACUUUGACUUUGGAUUGCGCGUUGUCUACCCCGCUCCUAUAGUGGCUUCUAAUCUUGGCAAAAAGCCACUAUACUGGUACUGACUCCUCCUUAGGCCCCGUCCACACGAAGCCGAUUUCAUGGCGAAACCGCAAAGGUCUUGUACGGUUCGGCCUUCCGUCCACACGAAGCCGGCGAAUCCGCUGACCGAAACCGUAAACUUCUGAAACCACCCUCGGAGGUGGUUUCAUAUCUACCCGGUUUCGUUUUGGAUUCGUGUGGACGCCUGAAACCGACUGAAACCGUAAACCAUGACGUCAUCGCCCCAUCCCUCGACCCUCUAGCCAAUGACUGUUAAGCCCAAGGAGUCUCACCCUUUAUGCGCAUGCUCGCCUCUUCUUAUUUAUUUUUCUUCUGGAUUUCUGUAGCAGAAGCAGCGCCACUUAUGGGCCUGGAAUGUGUAC